AUGUGCGGUCGUAGCAUUAACACAAACCCAAUCAACCCUGACGACGUGGUUUUCAAUUUCUCAAAUCGUUUCAUCACCCAAAAAGAAAAAGAAAUCCUUUCGAAGGGCCUCAACUUUGCUGUUCCACCUGCCAAACUAAACUCGUGCACUUUCCUCACACCAUUUGAGAAAUUUUACAAUCGCCUUCAACAAGAACCCGUCCACACACCCUCUGGCUUUUUCUCUGACUCAAUUAAAGCAAAACUAAAGGACAUAGCUUACUCGGGUUUUCGCAGUUACAGCCAACCGAAUGCCUUAUACACGGAGAAUGAACUAAACGCGUUAAAUGAUCUGAGAAAUGACAACAACAUCGUCAUUCUGAAACCGCAUAAAGGCAACGGAGUUGUUAUUCUGAAUAAAAACGACUACCACAAAAAGAUGAUGGAAAUUCUAACGGACACAUCGAAAUUCGAACUUCUAAAUGAUGAUGCCAUCAAAAUUACACUCAAACGCGAGAAUCAAAUAAAGACGUUGCUGAGAAAACUAAAGGCAAAAAAAUGCAUAAAUGAAAAAACAUACAACGAACUUUAUCCCACUGGUACACGUAUCGGCAUACUUUAUGGACUCCCUAAAAUUCAUAAAUCCUCCAUCCCUCUAAGACCAAUCUUGUCUAGUAUUGACCACUACUCCUACAAGCUAGCCAAAUUCUUUAUUCCUUUCCUUACACUAAUCUCCGCCAACUCCCAUGUUAUCAAGGACUCUUUCUCUUUUGUCCAAGAUCUUUUACAAAGUGACAUUAACGCCAAUAACGUUGUGAUGGCGAGCUUUGAUGUUAAAUCAUUGUUCACCAACAUCCCAGUGGAUGAAACAAUCGCCAUAAUAACUAAUCACAUCUUCUCCAAUAACACGUCCUUUCAAGGCCUUGACCGGUCACAAUUCACUCAACUUCUCUCCCUUUCCGUCAAAAACUGUCAUUUCUUCUUUAACGGCUAA